AUGCCUCUCGGCGGUGCCAGAGCACUACCCGUCGGAAGCUCAGCCCCAGCUUCUUCUCCCCCACCCCUUUUUGUUCCACCUCCCGGUAUUUUGCGGAAUGACAUCACUUCCAAUAUUUUUCAUUCUUCUCAUUCUAUUAAUGUAACAUCAUCGUUACCGUCUCUGGAAGUAGCUGAGAAUUCAUCGACUGAUUCCAUGACAAUAGCUUCAACAGCUGUUUGUUCAUCAUUCAGUCCUCGAGUUGUUCCUGAUGCUUACUCCACAGAAGUGAUUCAAACAGCUGGCAUGAAUUUAAAUCAUCAUGAAGGUUUGUCGUCUAAAUCCCACCGUUUGAAUUUUAAUGGUCAAAUAUGUAAUAACACAACUAGUAAUACUAACUCACAAUCAGUAUUCGCGAAACCCAAUGCAAAUAGUUGUUCACAAUUUGGAAUGAUGAACACUAAUGACAAAUCCAAUUAUUUUGAUUUUACUACUUUCGGUCCUGUUGGUUCAUCAUCACCAGCCGGUACUAUCAUCCAUGCAAAUUUGAUCACCUCCAACUGUGGUAGUUCUGUCUUAUCAAAUUUAAAUCCAGCAAGUUUAAAAUGCAGACAAGUAUGUAUUGGUACAGACAGUAAUGAAGGCUUGAGGUUCCCUGCUAUAUCUCCCCCAUCUUCACAUGCAGAUGCGAACUCGAAUUCAACUGUGAUGUAG